CUGCCGGGGAGAGGAGGGCGGAGCCGCAGCGGCUAUAAAGCGUCCUUCGCCUGCGAGCGCCGGACAUAAACAAACCUUGCAGUCUGCGCGUACGCUUACUCCGCUCACCCACGCGUUCGGGCUCUGAGUUCCCUAGCUGGACACGAGACUAGGGCGCGGCUGAGUGGCUUCGCCUGGACCCGCGUUCCUCAUCUCCCAAGCCUCUCUCCCCAGGUAACAGUCUGGGACCAUGUCGAAGGACCUCCAGGAUGUGGACCUUGCAGAGGUCAAGCCUCUGGUGGAGAGAGAAGAGACCAUCACUGGCCUCCUGCAAGAGUUCGACGUUCAGGAGCAGGACAUUGAGACUUUCCAUGGCUCAGUCCAUGUCACCGUAUGUGGAACCCCCAAGGGGAACCGGCCUGUCAUCCUCACGUAUCAUGACAUUGGCAUGAACCACAAAACCUGUUACAACCCUCUCUUCAAUUCAGAGGACAUGCAGGAGAUCACCCAGCAUUUUGCUGUCUGCCACGUGGAUGCUCCUGGGCAGCAGGAUGGAGCAGCAUCCUUUCCUGUGGGGUACAUGUAUCCCUCCAUGGAUCAACUGGCUGAAAUGAUUCCUGGAAUUCUCCACCAGUUUGGACUGAAGAGCGUGAUUGGAAUGGGAACCGGAGCUGGUGCCUACAUCUUAACUCGAUUUGCUCUGAACCACCCAGAAAUGGUGGAAGGACUUGUUCUCAUCAACGUGAACCCUUGCGCUGAAGGGUGGAUGGACUGGGCAGCGACCAAGAUCUCUGGGUGGACUCAAGCUCUUCCAGAUAUGGUGGUGUCUCAUCUGUUUGGGAAGGAAGAAAUGCAGAACAACGUGGAGGUGGUGCACACCUACCGCCAUCAUAUCAUCAAUGACAUGAACCCAAGCAAUCUCCAUCUCUUCAUUAAUGCCUACAACAGUCGCCGGGAUCUAGAAAUCGAGCGUCCUCUCCCUGGAACCAAUGCUGUCACCCUGCAGUGCCCUGCAUUGUUAGUGGUUGGAGACAAUUCACCUGCAGUGGAUGCCGUGGUGGAGUGCAACUCUAAACUGGAUCCAACCAAGACCACACUCCUAAAGAUGGCGGACUGUGGAGGCCUGCCACAAAUUUCUCAGCCUGCCAAGCUUGCAGAGGCUUUCAAGUACUUUGUCCAGGGAAUGGGUUACAUGCCUUCUGCCAGCAUGACUCGCCUCAUGAGGUCCCGCACAGCCUCUGGCUCCAGCGUCACCUCCUUGGAAGGCAACCGCAGCCGCUCCCACACCAGCGAGGGAACCCGCAGCCGCUCCCACACCAGUGAGGGGACCCGCAGUCGCUCCCACACAGACACCCGCCUUGAGAUCACUCCCAACUCUGGGAGCACCGGGGACAAUGCUGGGCUCAAGUCCAUGGAAGUCUCCUGUUAGACAAGGACCCCCUCAGAGCCCAGUAGCUCCCUCCUGGCUCUGGUUUGAACUCUGUUUUAAGUAGCUGCCUCCUUUCCCUUCUCCCCCAAUCCCACAUCCCACCCCUCCUCUGUCACACUGCACAUAACUUGGUAUUAAUCCAAAGCUUAUUUUUUAAGAGUGAGCUCUGGUGAGAACAAAGUGAGGGAGAGUCAUUUUGAUAUGGGGGGGGCAGGGUUGGAGUGUGGAAAGAUAACAGUGACCGGUCUAAAGCAAGCAUCCAGAGAUGGGUCUCUUGAUUAAAUUGUUCACAAAAUUCUGGUUGCUGCUGUCUUCUCUCACUCACAUCAGACUUGAAAGAGGCAUUUUGCCCCCCAAAAAAGAUAUGAAAAGAGAAAAAGUUGUUUUUUAAAAAAAAUAAAACAAACCCUUAGGCUGGCCUGAUUAAUGGAAGUCACAUAGGCCCUUUGGUCAGCAGUACAGCCGAUCCACUGUGUUUUUGUAGCAAAAGGAGAAACUGACCCAGUUUGUAAUACAGGCAACACUAUUUGGAUGUAAGGAGGGAGAGUCCAGUGCAUUGUGGGUGGCUUUUUUUUUUCUAACGAGGGGAAAUGGUGAAGCUCACAUUUAUGCUGGUGGGUUUUUGGUUUUGUUUUGUUCUUUUUUUUGGCAGACUCAAACUAUCAUAAUUGUAGACACUUUAAAAUUACGUUGUGCAUUUAUACGCCUUUUAAUUUUGAAGCAUAAAAACCCAUUCUCUUCUCCACCAUUAACACUCAGUUAAAAUAGCCAAUGUAAACUCGAGGCUUUAAACACAAUGAAAGUUAUUGAUGGGCUUCUGGUAUAUUUCAUGUUUUGUGAGAUUUCAGCCUUGCCACACCUCUCCUUAAACUGUGGUGAGGAACCUUCCUUUUUUUUCUUUUCCCCUUUGAUUCUCACCUUAUUUAAAAGGAGUUUGCAUUCCUUGGCGAUUUCACAGGGAAGAAUUUUCAUGGCGUAGGCUGAGAGCUCUGCUGCUUCUCCCUGGUCCUCAGUUUCCCUGUCUAUGAAAUAAUGAUCUCUAAGGUCCCUUCCAACUCUGUCCAUUGUUUUAAUGUCCCAUGCUUCUAAGCCCCUUCCAGCUUGAACAGUCUGUUGUUGGGUGUUCUAAGACAUUUUCUAGUUCUCUUGACAUUCUGUUCCAUGCUUUCUGAUCUAAAGGCCCUUCCAACUUGAAUAUCACUGAUUCUACACGUUUAAUUUCAUAUAUGUGAAUAAUGGGGAAGAGAGUUGUGGUAAUAUGUAAUCUCUCUGGGGCCUAGGGGGUUGUUAUCUAACUAUACGUAAAAGGUGGGGUACAGGGCUGGAUGGGGAAAAGGGCUUGUUGCAUUUUUCACAUUAAACAGAAGACAGCCUUCUGCAGUUCCUUGAAGGAAAGGAGUAUUUGUAUUCUAACAUCAGCUUGGCUAAAGAAAGCAACAUUCCCAUUCCCAUCCCUUCCCCGCCAAAAAUAUAACACCACUCUGGAAUUUUGUGUCCUGAAAUGAAUUUGCCUUUCAAUUCUGUUAUAAAGAAUAAGUCUCAGAAUAAUGGCAUGACCUUUAAAAAAAGAUAGCUGUGAAUUUUGACUUUGGCAUAAUGUUGUUACUUGUUUAGAACCAUUUCCUGAAAAGAGGGGUUUUGGUCAAGUGAUAGGUAGAGAGAACCCUUGGGGGUUUGGGGGUGGUGGUGGUGAUGGGAGCUGGUAAAAUGUAAGGAUUCUGGAAUUUCCUGCAUUUUUCAAUUAACUCCCCUCCACCUUUUUGGAGAAAGCAUUGUCAAACAAAGCAACCAAUUAUGAUGGGGUUUUUUGUGUGGCUUUUGGACCUAUGCUUUAGCUAAUUAAUGAAUUUUCCUGUUGGAAGGAUGUUAAUUGCAAAUCAACCUUUGGGAGGAUGACUGGCUUGGGAUGAUUGACUCCCUGGGAGCCUCCAUCUUUGGAGGCUUCACACAGUUCUUGUGCCAGAAGAGGUGGUGAGGGAGGCAGAAGUGGCUGAGAACCUGAGGUGGACAGUAUGGUGUCAAGUCUUGCCAAAAAGGUUUCUUAAUGAGAUAUUUGUAUUUAUUUCCAGACCAAUAAAUUUGUAACUUUGCAGUU